CACCGAGGACCUUGAUGGAGAAGUCGUCAUGAGGGUGGGAGGAGGCAAGAAGCAUGGGCGAUACUGGAUUGGCGACGGCGCAAUCGACUCGGUCGCUACUCCCAGUCUCUCCCAGAUUCGAGCAAGCAGCACGAGCACGAGCCCGGCCAUACGACCUCGGAAGGACACUUCACACCACCGGGUGGAGGCACUCGAGGCCCAGCUGGAACAAGAGAGGAGGAUACGGGAGCAAAUGCAGGCGACGAUGGAGGCCGAGCAGCGGAGGAUGGUGGAGAUUCUUCAGUACAUGCAAAGUAUUGGCGCCGCUACGGGUGUGACUCCGCCACCUUCGCUAUUCGCUCCACCUCCACCUCCACCUCCACCUCCUCACUAUUCUACUCCUAAUCAAUCGGCGGCAUCGAACGAUCCUCAUGCUUCAGCGAAUCAUUCACCAAAUCAGUUUCAUUGACCAUCUUGGUGAUGAUACUUGUAGUUGUUAAUGGUACUUCUAUUUGCAAUUAUGGUUGUAGAUGAUGGAGCACUUGGAUUACUUGUGAACUUAUUUGUGAUAUAUUGUGAGACAUGUGAUGUUUGUGAUAUAUAUGUGGUGUUGGUGAUAUGUAUGUGCUGUUGAUGAUAUAUAUGUGAUG